UGGAUGAACUGGGGAAAAGGACGGGCCCUCCGGAACUUCGCGAGGUCUGGCUCGUGCUCCACUUGGCUUCUUCCCUUCCCCAUCCCAUAUCAAUCAUCGCAAACCGAACCAAAGAUCGCCGGAGCGGCUGUUCUUCGCUUCUUCCUCUUCCGGUCCGUCCAUUCCGGAGCCAAUCGCCACAUCACUCGAGCCCCAGUUCGUCCGUUUCCUUCCUCCGAGGUUUGUUAGAUCUUGCUCCAGGGCGUGACAAGCGGGCUUUGCUUUUCCUUCCAAUGGGAAGCAGUAACCAAGACCCGGGGAUGAGCCUCCGGACGGAUGGCUGGCUGCGGAAACCUGUCGAUAGCCUCAUGCAGAUCCCGGAUAAGAUUCAGAACUCUCUCAAGGUUGGUUGCUUCUUGACCAGCUGCAUUUGGGGCGUUUCUUGAAGAUGGGCGACGGUGGUGAUGUCAAGGCUCAAAUGUCGUCAGAGAAGGUCAGGGGAUUAUGUAGUGCUGCUGCUGCUGCUGCAGAUGUUAGAUUGGAGAAGCAGCUCCAGGCUUGGAGAAAUGACCCUAGUUGGACUGAUCAUCCUCCAGAAAUCAAGGUCACUGUACCACAAGGCUCUCUUUGCAAUCUUAAUUUGAGAUUUGAGGCAGGAUUACCACCUGAUGCAGUUUACAACAUUAUAAUUGAUCCUGAGAACAAAAGAGUGUUCAAAAAUAUCAAGGAAGUGGUAUCAAGGAAGGUCUUGCUUGAUGAAGGAUCAAGGCAGGUAGUUGAAGUGGAGCAGGCAGCCAUAUGGAAAUUCCUCUGGUGGUCUGGCAUCUUGUCAGUCCAUGUUUUUGUUGACCAGAACAGAAGAAAUCACACUGUGAAAUUCAAACAAGGAAGAAGUGGUUUUAUGAAGAAAUUUGAGGGUUGCUGGAAAAUAGAGCCCCUCUUUGUUGACAAGGAAGCAUGCCUUCCUCUUGAUCCAAAUACGCUGGAAGAAUAUGAUUCUUGUACUGCCGGCAGAGGAAGAGUUGGAUCUGCCAUCACCUUGGAUCAGCUUAUUGAACCUGCUAUCUUACCUCCACAGCCCAUUGCAUGGUAUGUGAGAGGAAUUACCGCGAAGACAACGGAGAUGCUGGUCAAUGACCUGAUAGCGGAAACCGCUCGGGUUCGGGGCGUGGCAAGCAACGUUGAUAACAAGCACUAUACUGAAGAAAACUGUGAUAUUAGUAAUGACCUCCUAACAGAUGAGUGUGGCGAUAUUAAGGAACGGUGGCGCCAGAGAAGAAAGUCUGGACGACAUGGAAAUUCUCUUAGAUCGGCAAGACAAGAAGUAUAAACUGCGAAGCCUAGAUGGAGUCAUUGUUUACAACCAAGUUAGUGUGUAUGUUACAAUCUCGUUGUUGAUAGUGUAGUGUUUGUUGAGUUCUGGAUUAUUAACAGUGGUAUAUGCAAUAUUACUAAUAACAUCAUGUUCCCUGUUAUUCUGGAUGAACAUGUCUACGAUAGUGUUGAACUGUAACUGUC